AUGGAUUCUCAGUUAAAGAGCAAAGUUGAAGAGUGGUUAAGGUGGGACCGAGUAAGUUGCUGAGUCCUUUUAUUUUAAAAUACCAGAAUUCGGUGACCCGCGAUGAAAUUUCUGCCUUAGCAGCAGGCGACAACGUCGCGCAAUUGACAAAACUGCUAAAUAAACGGAUGGAGUUUGGGACUGCCGGAUUGCGCGCAAGGAUGGGUGCCGGCUAUUCCCAAAUGAACGAUUUGACUAUCAUUCAGACGGCUCAGGUUCGAGGAGUUGAAAAGUUGACUUUCUUUCUAGGGCUUGUUGAAGUACAUGAACGAGAAUUAUAUUCACUUAAAACCAAAGGGAAUAAUCGUUGGUUUUGACGGCCGACACAACAGCAAAAAGUAAGACAGUCGCUCGAUUUCUUAGUUUUCUGCAGCUGGGCUCUUAUUACUGCCAACAUAUUCGUCCGGUCAGGCUGGAAGGUUUACCUCUUUCGUGAUUUCAAUCCGACGCCAUACCUCGCAUUUGGUGUUCGUCAUUUCAAGACUGCCUGUGGAGUUAUGGUUACCGCAUCUCACAACCCUAAAGAUGACAAUGGCUAUAAGGUUUUGUUUUUACUUGGGGACUUUACUCACUUCUUAUUGUGCUGUUUAUCAGUGUCAAAAUAUCACGCAGUCGUGUUCGUCUUUCUUUAGGUCUACUGGGAGAACGGUGCGCAAAUCCUCAGUCCACAUGACAAGGGGAUCGCCAAGGCAAUUUCAGAGUCCCUUGAGCCCCAAGAAGCGUCUUGGGACUAUCAAAAGGUCGUGGACAAUCCCAACUGCCUAAAUCCAAUGCCGGAGCUGGAAAAAAGUUACGUGGACAUACAGAAGAGGAGCAUCUGCUACACCGAGUGAGCAGUACUUUUUGAACCACAUAUAGGGCUUCCCUUUGCACAAUGUGUUUCCACGUUGUGCAUUACCCCUUAGCCAAUAAGGCGGGGGUCGAUUAGCGUUGGCCUUAUUUUCAUUACAGGUAGCCAGCGUCAUUGUUAGUGGACAUGUGAUUUUCUAGGUGGUCUGUUGGAAGAAGGGUAACCAUGCUCCUGGAGAAGAUUACUCUCCUUUUUUCUCGAUUAUCGACUUUGGCAACCCAUUCUCGGUGUUUGGAGAGCCGCGUGCAUUCUGCCUGAUGCGUGGGUCGCCAAUGCCAACUAUGAGUCUACCUUGGACUCCCAUUUUACUGUUAGCAAAAUGCGCCGUACAAUGAAUGCUAUGCACACGAAUUUACGGUAUACGAAUAUGGGUAACCGAAGGGACAAAAAUAAAUCUCUCGUUUAGCGCGUCUGCUUUUGAGUACCAAGUGUCUCGCUGCUUGACCAAAAUCUGCGUUUAAUCGUUUCUCAGACUUCAUCAUUUGUUAUGGAGUCUCUAAAACCUUUUCAAAGUUUACGUGGAUGAAUCACUCACGCCUCAGUAGACCUUUGUCGUCCUCGAAGCAAAGAGCUCCUACUGUUUUGGCAUGAGCGAUCUUUUCCAAAGCAUACCGCGUUAGCUAGUUUUUAUUCACUUGAUCAUCUGCCCGUUUACGCAGUUUCUCCAAAUGCUGAAACUUUGUUGAAAACGGAAUCAAAACGCCGUUUCACUUGUCUGUUUUCUGACGUGAUUCAGUUAUCUGUCUUUAACCCAAUGGGAGUUUCGCGAAAGUUUCUUGAUUUACGAAAUAGUGAAACACCGGCUUGCCAGCAAAAACCCGAGUUUUUAGAUUUCCUCAUUGUAUCAUAAAUAAUUUUUGUCGCCAUUUUGUCGAAACCACCAAUAUUUUCUCUAAGCCAGACGCCAGCAUUUUGACGGUUAGAUCUCAGUGUUGUAAUUUAAUAAAACGUUUUCCACUGCUUUCGCUAAUAAUACCUUCCUUUGCUGAUAUAUUUAUGCACUAACAAGUAUGACGUGUCUUCGUCUUUAACAUCCCAACAAAGUAUACUUGUUGCACAAAAGUGCCGUUAGUUGAUCCAGUGGUACCGGCAAACUGCAACAUAAAGUGCCUACACCGUUUCUCAUAUACGGACGGACACAGCUAUAUAUUUGCUUUGUAUUAUCUGCACAUAUAUAAUAUCAAGAGCCUGUACUUUAAAACAAAAUCCUGGCCCUAUCAAUAAAUAGGCGCCUUUGAAACGGAAUUUGUUGUCUGAUAAAUUCUGCUUAUUCAAAAAAAACUGAAUUUAACCCUUUCCAUUCGGAUGGACAGAUCUGCCAACAAGAAAUCGGACGUCUCCUUUGUAUAUACGGCAAUGCAUGGCGUCGGCGCGUUGGCUGCUCAGAACAUCUUCAAAGAAUUCGGUUUCCAGCACAUGGUUCCCGUAGUUGAACAGGUAAGUAGUUGGAAAAAUGAAUAAUUUGGUUUUGUCAAUUGUAUCGACUUUUGUAAGCUUGCCAGAGCUUCAAUUAAGAUUGUGGGCUUACCUUAACCACUAAAAUCAGUCACCAGGAUCUCAGCACCAAUUUCUGUCGCUCACUAAAAGACAGAAAACGUCAGAAAAAUUCGACUUAUACAGGAGGUUGAAGGCAUCGGACACUGGUCGCCAGUUAACGGCGUGUGUUAGCCAUCCAGGGUUAAGUGCAAGUUGUUAGCUGAUGAAGACAGCGGUCACAUUCUGCGGCGUUAAAUCGAUAAAUUAAUUGGCCGACAGUCGCAUGUAAAUGGUUUGUUGGCUUAUCAUUCGUCCGAGGUGGUGCCUUACCGUAACGUCGGUGGGAGCUGCAGACAGAGAGGUGAGAUAGACCCGGGACCUGGCGCUCAACCCUCGACACCUGACUGUUUGGGGCGGUUGAGGGGAGCAAGGGCUGAAAUGCAUAGUAUAAGACACACGUAGGUUGUGUUUUUGCGUCUAUCUUGGAGGAUUUCCUUGAGUAGAUGACAGGGGCUGACGCCACGGGUUAUUCAGAGAUACAGGUUGGUGGCAAACAAAUGUUCGGGCUUAUCGCUGCCUGUAUAUGCUGGCGUGUUAGUUCGUUAAUACGACACACAAGAGCACGUCCAACGCACUACAUGCCAACGAAUGUGGGGCUGGAUGAAUCCGUUUCAUCGUAGUCCGGUCUCCAAUCUGGGUACUGGUCUCCAGUUUGGGUACUGGGCAGCCGCAUUUGGCCACAGUUGGCAGCAUAGGAUAACUAUUUCAGGAAGUUAAGAUGGAGGAUUUGGUGAGCGAUACCAAGCUACUGUCUUUUUGAAUCACGUCAGAAUGUUACCUUUACAUAGUCACGCUGGCACUAUUAAUUCGUUACAACCAAGGAAGUCGGCACAGCGUAGUCAUAAGAAUAAACCAUUGUAAUCCCAGGCCCAAGUUACGCUAUACAAUUCAGUACAAGGGGACUAGGGCCUGCACUUGAUCUUAUCCAUAAUAGUAGCUUCGUAUACUUUCAGAUCAAGCCCGAUCCCGAAUUCCCCACCGUAAAAUUCCCGAACCCCGAGGAGGGCCGAUCAGCAUUGGAGUUGGCGAUCGCUACCGCCAAUAAGUGCGGCGCUAAGGUGAUACUUGCGAACGAUCCUGACGCCGAUCGUCUGGCUGUGGCCGAAAAACUCCCCACGUACGUUUUGUUUUACUGGUCAUUUUUUCCCUGUACGUAUUCACUACUAUUUUACGAUAUUUUCCAUGUACAAAAUAUUCGAUGACUUUUUACGUUUUCUCUUUUCCGAAGUCGUCAUUACGCUGAUUGCCACCUAAGUGACUGUAUGCAUAUAUGUAUAAGUACAUAGAAGUGGGCGCACACCGAUCCAUUGGCUUUCCGAAGCAAACAAGCGCCGAAUUGGUGUUGGCGAACGGACGGUUACCUGCCAGACUGAACUCGGGAAGCUGUAACAGUAGAGGGGAAGACUACAAAGAAUGGAGGUAGAUUUACAUAGAACUGUUUUGGGCUUAUUCUGCCCUUAUUUAGCUAUCCACAACUCUGACCGCUAUCCGGAACGAGAAGCACAAACAUGUGCACGGGGUCCACAGACAGGGUCUAUUAGAUGGGUCUUCAUUGUUGUCUACCUGCCUGUCUUACUCUGUUGCUGCAGAUCGGGUUAUUUAUUCAUUGUAAUAUAUAUGGCUUAUGAAAACAAAAAUAUAAAUAGUGAUUGGUCUAUAGUGUAAAUCUACUUCGGCAGCGGCCAUUUUGGUCCCUAUGCUUCCGCUUGAUGCGUAAUAUCGACUGUAAUCAACCUCUUCGCAGCAUACCAGCCUCUUCCUUAGUUGUGCCUUAAUCAGCAUUUGAUGACUGGACGUUUUGUCCCUUAGAUGCAAGAUUAGUCUUGGGACUUUGCAGGAGGCUUCAUGCCCAAUGCCCUUAAAUAACUGCUGUGUAGUCCGUCUGUCAUAAUUUAAAUGACACCGAAGAACAACAAAUUUUAUCCGACAACUCAAAAUCCACAUACCCUCAGGAUUCAGGCGCCGGCGCGCCGUCCCUUUUUGUUUGCUCCAAUGAAAGACCUGCAUUAACAUGCAAUAUGUUUUGACCAAACUGUGAAAAAUUCGACAACCUCGAUGGGAUUUAAGCCCACGACAUCAAGGGAAGGACUUGAGUACAACCAAUGCUCUAGCCAUUUGAGGUACGAGGCUCCACCCGUAGCUGUGAGUUUGAUCACAUUUGGGUCGUUACUCGCCCAGCCUACUGUAAUGUAUUGAAUCCACCUAAUCUGAUUCAGUAAGCUAAUUGCCAAGGCAGGCUUUUCUAAGUAAUAAAUCUAGAAUCUACCAAAAGACUACCAGACUCACGUAAUUAUUGAGUGUUUUAGCAGAUUUUGAAUAAUUUAGUGAAUACAGAGUGAUCAAAUUACCUGUCUUUUUUCAAAUACUGUCAGCACAAUUUACCCGAAAAUCAAAAUCUCGCAUAGCUGGUAUUUUUUGGCAACGCCAUUCAACCAUGCCUUGGCGAAGGGUUUAUCUUGUAGGCAAUGACAAAUGUGUGCAAACUCGUGUCUCAGUAUGUUCGGGUUGACUGUUACCGGCGUGCCUCACGCAGUCUCCUAGAACGAAAGCACUUUCCAGCAAGACAGAGCAUUACUUCAGGCUGUAGAUCAUUUCCACUCAGAUGAACCCUUUCACACUGUCCCGCAAGCCUUAAUGACGUCAAUUGGGUGGUACUGAUGAUGGCGACGUUCUUUUCUCCAUCGCUCUUAUCUUUGGUACCACCCUGACUUCAAUUCUUAACACACGCCCGCCGUCUCCACCGCACGUGUGCAUGUCUAACGGGCCUUGUUAACUGGUCGAGGGGUCGUGUUCACCCCCCCCCUCAUCCAUGUUAGUGCAGACGCCUGCACACCUGCACACGCCUCGUAUUUUCUGUCUGUUUGCAAGUUCAUAUUGCGUAAACUAUGCCUGUGCCGGACGGGUCUUGCAUAUGCCAACUUCAAAUACACGCCCGCCGUCUAUGGAUUCCUUGCACUCUUUGUUAGAACGCCGGUUGUUUGUUUUCCCUUAUGUGGACAAGAUGGGGACAAAUGACUUGUGUGUUAAAUAAUGCGUUAGACACAGAAAUUCUGUAGGUUAUUUUCUCUAUUCUCCCUUGCCUCCAGAGGAAAAUGGAAGAUCCUGAACGGGAACGAGCUAGCGACGCUUCUGGGCUGGUGGAUCUGGACAAUGUGGCGGAAACGCAACCCCACCAAGGAUCGUAAGUUCUAACCCCGCGCCAUUCAUGCAGCUGUUGUUUAUUGUAACCAAUCAUGCGCUGUCAAGAGACCUUGUGUUAUCCCACGGUAGUUGAAGAACCGGCAUCUUAUUCAUGGGUUUCACAUGUUGGUAAACAAUUCAUAUCCCACAAAAUGAUACCGAGGAGUAUUUUGGACUUCCCCUUGGAAGUAAAUCUCCUUCAGAUGAGUACGACGAGGGCCUUCUAGAGGCUUCUCCCAUUACAAAACGAAGCCGGGUUUUUGAAUCCUGCCGUUGCCGAGGUCUUCCCAAGCGUGUCUUUGUGUCUGAUGCCUGCCCCUCACAAUUUGUAAAAUUACGUUUCAGGUGGAAUAUCUGAGACAAAAACCAGUUCACUUUCUGUUGUGGAUCUUCCCUGUUGAGUUUUACGGCAUUAUGUCGGGCGUCCUUAGUUGAGGAUAUAGAACCUUUGGGAUCACACCUCCAACUUGAGAUUUUUCAUCAAGCGAGAUGUUUUUGACACUGCUUGAUGCGCUUACCUCACAGUCUCGUCUUGAGUGGCUGUUGUGAUUACUGUGUCGCCCAGAUCCUCCUUAACGUAAAUAUUUUUUUCCAAAUUAUCUGUAGUCUCGAAGGUCUACAUGAUCUCAAGCACUGUGUCUUCGAAAAUUCUGCGCUCGAUCGCCCAGAAGGAAGGUUUCAACUUUGAGGAGACUCUAACUGGGUUCAAGUGGAUCGCCAACAAGGUCUACGAUCUGAUGACUGCCCAGCCCGACGUGGAAGUGAUUUUCGCCUUCGAAGAGGCCAUUGGUAUGUUAGUCUUUAGCUCUGUCUCCUAAGCUGGGGCGUCGCUGGGACGUCGGAUCCGUAGUGCAGUCAUCUGCUGCACCCAGUUUCCCCGUCUAUUUUGAUGAACUGGCCUGGCUCCUGAAGGAGCAUUGGAAGUAGGAGAUAGAUUUAGACUGAUAGUACGCAACCGUGGCAAGUGAUGACAUCAGCCACGUGUCCCACGGAGUGGACGCGGUAUCGGCGACUUACGUUUGGAUUAUUUGAUAGUGGGACGAACUUGCGUAGCAUCCACCACGCUCUCUCUUCCCCCAGCCACCUUGCGCCGAUGGCAAGACGGUUUGAAGACGGGCUUGAGCGCAGUGACUGACAAGGCUAGACAGCCCAUCUAUGCGUGCCACACAUGACCUGCUUCCCACGAUAUGUACCAGACUUCCAUGAGGGCUGCUCGGACCUCAAGUGUGCGAGAGUGCCACAAACUUGUAAUUAUUUACCAUACUGCCAAUACAGGUAGAAGCUACAAGUCCAGACACGCGUGUUUCGCCGAUCUUGUGCCGCUGCCUAACGCAGCUGCGAGGGGUUCGGCUCAUCAGUGGGUUCCCCAGCCUUCCCCGCUGUGUUUUCUGGUAUAUGAUCUCCAGUUUCACUCUACCCUGUUUAAUUUCUUAGAAAAUUGAUGCGCGAACUUGGAGUAAAUCCUACGGAACAGACCUUUUCAGGCACAAUCCGAACUUUGAUAUGAAUAUUUGAGCUGAAAUCCGUCAACUACUGCGGAAUAACCACGUAAUAUCCACAAACCGCCAACUCGCGACUGCGUCAGGCAGCGGCACAAAAUCGCGAACCACGCGUGCCUGGGCUUUUAACUUCUACCUGUGUUGUCAGUAUGGUAAUUACUGGCUGCCUGUUGGCGGUUUGUGGAUAUUACGUGGUUAUUCCGCAGUAGCUGAUGGAUUUCAACUCAAAUAUAUCAAGUUUGGGACCGUGUCUGAAAAGGCCUGUUCCGAAAGAUUUACUCCAAGUUCGCGCAUCAAUUUUAUCGGAACUUAAACAAGGCAGAGUGCCGUAAACGUCAUACUGUGAGGAGCCAUUACGACCUGACUCUCAGUUCUGAGAAGGAUCGAGUUAGCCUACGACUCUUAGCACACCCUGACAGAUUAAAGCGCAUCAGAUCUAUUAUUUUGAGGCAUGAGUAGUUCAUUUUGACCAACCUGCAAUAGACUCGGCGGCAUUCGAACCCACGACAGCCAGGACAAGGUUUGAGUACAGCCAAAUCUCUAGUCACCUGAGCUAGAAGGCUCCGCCGGGGGCCGUGAGUUUAUGCACAUUUGGGUCAAGUUACCCGCCCAGACUACAGUAAGCUUGUAGCGACUAAGCGGCUAGAGAAAGUGCUCUGAGAGCUAUAACCACCAGGUCGAAUCCCAAGUCGUAAGGAAAAAGACAGUAGGCACCAGAAUGAGGGGUUUAUUGUGCACAAAACCCGGAGUUGUCCUCUUAGGCGACAGUGACCACUGGCGAAGCCAGGGCUGGUGUUGACUGUGUCCAGUCAGGCCUGACUCCCCGAGACAGUGGUGGCAGCCGCUUUUGUAGGCUCGUGGGCCAAGCUCAGUUGGUCUCCAAUAGGUGUGUUGCAUUUGCCGAGGGGUGGAGUCCCAGUGGCUUAGGUUGUGGUUGCAGGGGGUGGGGUGCGUCCAAGUGGACGCAUGGGCUGCUGCGGCUGUGCGGACGCAGGUGUGUUCGCGCUGAAGUCGGUCGAGUGGCUUCAGGUCAGCGCGUCUGGGACGGCUCGCUUCAAGGGGUGAAUGACCUUGAGGCAACGAGGUCUAGAACAAUGAGACCAGACCGAUCAUGAUAGCUGGCCACUACAAGCUGACUCCCCAAGCAGGAUUUCCGAAACCACCAAUCUAGACUUCAUUAGAUAAGUACUGGGCUGAUUUAAUAAGUAGGUUUUUUAGGUGAUUUAUUUUGACUCAGUUGUCCAAAACUCGGCUGUUUCGUAACUUAGGUGGUCAGAGCGUUGGCUGAACCCAAGCCCUGUCCUUUCCGUCGUGGUUUCGAAUCCCACUGAGGCCGAGGGGCUUUUUGUAACCGGGCCAACAUUAUUUAUUCCGAGUCCACCAAAGCACCUCUUAGGUGCCGAAUGCGCUGAUUUGCCGUGAGAACGAAUUCCGCCGCAGUGCCGGUCGCACUGACUCUCCUUGCCCUCUCCUGUGCAUCAGUCGGCCGUACGAGCCUGUCGGCCAUUUGUUGCUGGGAUUGGCGCGGCGUGAAGCUCAUGCCAAGGCGCGCCCCACCACACCCCCGCAUGUGCGACGGCAGUUGUGGCCUCGCCCAAUUAACGCGCGCCUCGCCCAAAUCUGGCUCUAAUUUUGGGCAGGGCACGUGAUCCAUUGUUGGCGCGCGAGUCAGAAAGCGCAGGACAGGCAUCGGACAAUAGAUCUGUCAGCCACUACACCCGGUCGGUGAGGUUGCUUCUGCAGUGGCAACACUGUGGGAGUUGACAGGGUGAGAUCGGCGUUGUACGGGUCUUCUUCAACUGCAAUCCGAUUCUUGCUGAGUCAUUUGCGUCGCUGCUGAUUGUCCUCGUCAAGAGCAACAAUUAUAUUUCAUAGGAAACAUGCAUUCAAAUGUUUAUUCUCUUAAUCAUUCAGUAGAAAAUUACGUCUUCUUUCGAUUUUAUAUUCGAAUGAAGGGUGAAAUCCGCUUUUCAAAACUUUUCAAAUUCCACGAAUUCCCGAAUAAUUUUGAACCCGACCUGGCGUUACACUUGUAUUCAGGGUUUCCAAACUACAAGCCGUAUAUUUUCCGCGUACGGAAAACCAUACAUUCCUCUACGGUUUUAAAAGGAGAUCAUAUGGGCUUCAUAGAAUUUAGCAGUGGAUUUGAGCCAUAUUGCAAACGUUGCAAGCAGCAUUAGCAAGUACAGAGCCACGAUGUUUUAUGAACGGGCCUUUUACGGUAUUAAAACGUCUCAUAAUUAGAAACCCUUUAAAACCGAAUUAUACCUUUCCUUCGAGCAAAAAAUCUGAAGAAGACGUAAUUUUCUACUGAUUGAGUAAAAGAAUGAAUGUUUUUAUGCAUGUUUCCAUGAGAUAUAAUUGAAUUUUUAAGGGAGUCGAAAAUCAAUGGCAAAAAUUCAUGCCAUUUAAGUAGUCAUUUUUUACAGAGUGUGGUUUUUGCCUGAGGCCGGAAAGAAGUUCGUUCGAAAACCGGCAUCUUGAGGUAACUGAACUAUUAUAGAACUAUGCUGCAUGAUGAUUAGUUUUAAAACCCUACUUAGGUAAUCUUUUCGAAACGAACAUGCAUUUCAGAAUCUCGGUUAACAUUUCAUGAGUAAGCACACCUACUGUACACAUCUUCUCUUUUCGUUUAUCGCUGGUUUCUUCGCAAGUCCUCGCCCUUUGGGUCUCUGCGAAGCCUGUUGCCUUUGAAUCCACGCGUACAGCAUUACUAUGCAGGCCAGCGCAUUAUCGAGUAAAGGAAACAAUGAGGUAGACACAAACGUGUCCUCAUGGACGAUUAAUGCGCAGUUUCCUCUGAAUGUUCAUCUUCCAUGCUCUUGACUCUGACUAUAUGUGGUCUGGAUUUUCUGAAUCUGCCAAGAUGAAGCUUUCUGCCCAGCCUAUUUUAGAAUGUUGCGCAAAUGCUGUAAUUUUCAUGACCAAACUCAAUCAGCUGAUCAACGGGUUGCCACCCCCUCCAGUACUUUAUUAUUGACCUGACUAUACAACUGUACUGGUGUAAGGUUUAAUUUAGCCGUAUCUUCUGCCUUUGCCAACGUACGAUUCUCUGCGUGUGUAAUCAGUUUUCCCCGAAUAGCAAGAUGAACGACUGUACUGUGAUCCUGAUCCUCCCUUUGUUUCGACCUGUUUUCUUAGGCUUUAUGUGCGGAACCACCGUGCUGGACAAGGACGGCAUCGGGGCCCUGGCCACUGUCUGUGAAAUGACCUCUCAUCUCUAUGCUCAAAAUGUUUCACUGGUGCAGCAGUUGGAUAACAUUUUUGACCUGUAAGUUCUCGCCUCCUGACUUGGCUAUCUCUUACUACAUUUCCUACUCUGCCUGCGGCUGGGCUGACGCUGCGGACAACGCAGCUAUUAGUAAUUGACUUCAAUCUGGUGACUGUGGGACAGUCGAAAGGUAGCAUUGAGCCUGUUUGCAGUCGUCAGCCUGUCAUGCUGAGAUGCUGCGGAAGUUCCCGUAUCAUGCAUCAGUCAAUUCGUGCUUGUUUUGUGUACGGGUCUGAGUCGAGGGCCAGGAUGUGUCUUGCUAUUGGCUGGACAAGGCAGCUAGGUCACAAAUGGUCACCAUUGUUGCCUGGCGUUUGAACAUACGCCUUCCGGUGGCCCUUUGGGGCUCCUUCUUAGCCAAUGAGCAUUCGGAACACGUGUGUACUUGUACUUGAUACGUCUGCGAUCAUGUAUGAUCUGGCCGGCCUCGACAAUGUCAUGACUGUACUACUCCGCGUGUAGCGAUCUGCGACAGCAGAUCUUGGCAGCUCAACCCAUUCUCUGCGCCAGUGACGGACACCAAGUGCCGAAGGCCGAAAACCACUUCCAUGUGACGGACUGUGUCGAGCCGAGUUUUGCGUUGAUCCCUUCUUCGGCCCUUCUAAGGGGUUAACGGUGUGUGGGGCCAGGGCAGCAACACAGAGCUUGUGAAUUGGACGCUAAGUAACGUGCCGAAACUGCCGCAGUCGUCUCUACUGGAUGGUCUGGGAUAUCCUUGCGAUGAUCUCGCAGCGAGUGAGCGCUGUCUCGUUUGAGACGAAGUCAGUGUACUUAACUCCGAGGCAGGUCCUCAAACAGUGGUGGUCAAAUACCUCCGGUUUUCACUCAUCUUCGACGCGCUCAACCCAGCAUCCACAAUCUUGACCGAAGGACUGACCGGACGGACGUACGUUAUACGCGGAUCUUCGUGGCGAUGAAGAUGUCACGUCGGGUCCAGAAACACUUUCGAAGGCUUGAGAAAACCCGGCUGGCAGCAUCGAUUCGGGUGACGAUGUCGCCCUUUCUCUCGCCAUUCGGCAGUAUCCUUGCCCCGAGGUACUCGAAACUGUCUACAUCUUCCAGUUGGCAGCCAUUAAUCUCGAGAGGUGUCUUCUCCUGGUCAGGGAUGCCGUUUGAAAAAAUUUUGGUUUUCCCAGACUAUGGAUAAGCUGACGGAUUUAGCGAUCACAUUCGCCAACGUGUGUUCCUUCCGAUAGCUGAUAUAUAUAUGUAGUCAUGCUAGCUCGGCCGUUUACUGCGCAUAACCGGAAUCCUCGGAGCACGUUACCCCGACCACUCCCAAUUCAUGUCCAGUCAAAGAUACCGACGAGCAGAUUGAGAUAACGGAAGGCAUGUUGCCCUUGAGUGCGUUUGUUUCAUGCUUGCCUCUUAGCACCAAGAGGACUUUUAGAAUCUAUCACCUCUGUGCACCGGUAUCUUUUUCUCCAACACCCUCACCAGACUACGAUUCCCCCUUAGCCUGGUGAGUUUUUGCCGGACAAACAACCAGCUACGGCCCUCACAACUGGUGCAUCUGCCAAAAUCUUUAAACGCGCUUCGCAAUAUUUAUUCCAAGUUAGUAGGUAACAAUCCCAAGUUAAUUUAAUGCGCACCGUUGCGACCUACAUUCUGGUCGAGCGUCUUUUCAGCCACACGCGCGAGUCGCAGUGAGGGAAAGUCCUACCCAAGUAGCGCAUGUCUUUUUCGCUGAUUCAGUCUAGAUGGUAAGCACACGAAUUUUUCUCUUAUGGCGACCACUUUGCAGAAAAUUACGUCUUUCUCAGAUCUGGUAUUUAAGAAAAAGAGCUGUAUUUGGGUUUUAAAGUUUAGAACUGUACAUGCACGAAAGGUGCUACCAGGAUCAUUGGUGCGGUCAGAUAUGUUAAGAUCAUUUAGCGCUGCUUAUAAUAUAGACUAGAAUAGCUUUAUUAUAGCACCUUUUGGGCGCUGCCAGUCUCCUCGAAACAUCGGAAAAAAGUAGUAUAGCUAGCUACGUUUGAUAAGCGCAUGCGGCCUCUCCGAUAUUAUGUGGAGGUAUAUGAAUUUGCCUGAGAGAAGGACCCUAGCAUAUAGCUUGGAAAGCUUAAGAGCAAGUGGAAUGUUAUUUGGGUUUAAAACUCGCAGGAAUUUAUGUGCUUUUGGGAGUCUCAAUAUUCUCCUACUUCAAGUGUUCAAACUGGAAAGGACCUAGUUUUCCACCAACCAGACUUGACAAAUGAACUAUUUUGUUCGCCCCUACAUGCACUCUACUUCAGUAGCCAUUUUUCCUGAAUCUAGAUAAUCCCUGCAGCAUAGAUGACACCUAUCCGAGGGACAGCAUCUUACCUUCUACGAUUUACUCGAGGAUCAUGUUCUACGUUAGUCGGUUUUGUCACCCCACUUAAGUAGUAUCUUCCACUUAAAUACAUGAUAGAUUUAAGUCAAUGUCAGAAGCUAGUAAGCAGUGUUUUGUAGAAGCAGCUAUCACUCACCCCCAUAACUACUACGUCUUGCGGGCAUCGGUGUAUUUUGAUUAGUAGUUAAAGCACGGUAACAGUGGGAUGCGGACUCAGGACACGGAGGGCUGCCUCUGCAACCGUUGUAACUUGCCAGUGAGUUUCGAUCUGCUGAUCUGAGUUUUACAUCGGGUUUUCGAGAAGGGCGUUGCUCUAUAACCUGUCGAUUGUACAUGUCACAGCGUCAGUCAGCUAAAGGCGAUCUGGGUUAGUUUACCUGCGUUACACGCGUUUCUGGAACCAAAGUCGGGACGACGACAGCCUCACCAAAACUCAAAAACAACAGCAUGGAUUAAGGGUUCAUCUUCGUUGACAGCGUUCCACGAGGACCCUUUUGUUGAGUCCCGAUCGUGCGAUCCAGUGCCUUUUAGAUUGCCAAGUAGUCAACGACCUCUCAGCACCAUGCCGUAUUCCCAUCUGUAGAAACGUUCCCCUAUUCCCUCUCUCAUUAAUUAUCUUUUUUAAUUUAGGUUUUACCUUUUCAAGUGUCGUUUCUUCAGAAUAAGAUAAAUUUCGACGAAAUUUGGCUAGAGGAUGACAAGUUAGAACUCCGAAACCACAGUGAUUGAAGUUUCCUCUUUGUUUGCAAACUUUGGAAGGACACAGUUUUUUCUUAUGUUUCUGGCGGCCUUCGUCUUUGCCAGUUACCUGGCCCCCUUCGUCAUUGGGUCGUCGUAUACCAAAUCGGGCGCCAAACACACCAAUAUCUCCUCCUCCUCCUCCUCCUCCUCCUCCUCCUCCUCAUCAUCAUCAUCAUCAUCAUCAUCAUCAUCAUCAUCAUCAUCCAUCAACCAAUCAAUCAGUCAUCGCCAAUAACCGAAUGAUUAUCAUCACUUUUCGUUUAUUGCACACCUUAUGCACUGUCUGUGUAACACCAUAGAUUUUCUUGCCCCUUCUUUGUGCUUAUACGCCAACCCCUGAUUACUACUUCUGUCGUGUACAGUCACGAUCAUUAGAACCUAAAGUUCCAGACUUAUGAACUUGGGACCGUGUUAAGUAUUUACUCUACCCCCUCAAGAAAAUUAAACAAGACCAGAGCGCGUUCGUUUUCAGUGCCCGACCGUCACCGUCCUGUUUCGUAGCCAUAUUUGACUGCGAUUAAUAAGGUUGGUUCAGAUUUGUGCGCCUGGCAUGCGCGAGCUAUCGAGUGCUUUAAAGCCGAGAGGGGGGGAAACGGAAUAUGAAUGCGAGCAGACCUGGAGAACGCCCUCACUUUGCCUAUUCUUGCCCACCCAAGCGCGAACUGAUCGUUGCUGGCGCUUUGAGUCCUUCUCGCGACAGUUGUCCGGACUGACUGAGUUGCCACCGAGCGUGGCCUCUAAUGGCGACGUCAGAACCGGAGCGAAUUUUGAGCCCUGCUAGAGGGACAUUGUCGACGGGUAUGUGUCGCACACGUUUUUGGUUGCUAUAGGCACCAGAUCCGGCGAAAGUAGCUCUGAUGAAAGCCGAUACUUCUGAAUUAUGUGGUCGUGCUACCCCUCUCAUAUAUUUUUUUUCAGUAUUCACAAUGUGUCGCUUUUUGGCAGUAGUCUUUUUGUAGACCCCCAUUUAUUAACAGCGGUGGCCAGUUGUGGACGAUCACGUCAGUGAACUGAAUUGCUUUACUUCACAUCCUCCGUAGGAAAGCUCCCACUGUUUUUUAAGGCUGCGUUGGCCUAUUUUAACUAACGGUGUUAUCCACAGGUCACCUAAAGUCGUGCCGCUUUGUCUACGUUCGCAUCUCUUUUUACACAGACCUCACCUCGCCCACCUUCAAAGUUUUGUUAUGGGUGACUGUUAGAAGAUCAUGGACAAGCGGUUUGACUCUUGUCUCAAAUCCUUUCGAACAGGUUUUCCGCGUAAAAGCAUUGUUUAAUUUACGUUGAGAACUACGAUUCUGUCCUGACAACUGAAUCCUUUUCGACCUUUCCUCGUUUAUGCGCACACCCUCGUCUGACUGUUGUCUCUGCUGCCGUGUCUUUUUGCGCAGGUACGGAAAACAUGUGUCCAAUAACGGCUACUAUUUCUGUUACGAGCCACCAAAGAUUGGAAAAAUGUUUGAUCGCUUGCGGAAGAUGCCGCAGACCGGCCAUUAUCCUGCCGCUUGUGGUCGUUUCAAGGUCACUGGGGUGCGUGACCUCACGGUCGACUACGACAGCUCCUAUCCCGACAAGAAAGCUGUGAGUCCUCGCGCCGCCAUUUGUCGGCGGUUCUGGCUUUUGUUCCUUGACUUGGUUGCCUUGUUUUUUUAUUUUUAGACGACACGAUUUAUACGGAAUCUCUUUCUCCCACCCGUGGUUCACAGAUAGUAGUUAUGAUUAAAUAACUGCUCCCUUUUCAAGCAGUAACUUCGGAUGUCUGCCUCCAAACUUGUUUAGCGAAAUUAUAUUGACGCGUGCUGUAGGAAUUUGGGGCGUGGCCCAACACUCCGACACGCCUCCGAGGCGUUCAUCUACAGAAUUUACAACGUUGGCCGCCUCCUUUGCUUGGCAUUGUCGAACUGCCCAAUCAGCGUGCCUGCCCGUUUGGCACUGAAUCUGGUGACUGCAACCGCAUAUUUCUGCCUCAGAAUUGUGACAGAUUUCACACGUUAUAGGAGUCAGUCCUGGUGGCAACUGUAGCCAGUUUUUGCUAUGUUGUCGGAGCCAGUCCGUGUUAUUCCUACUGAAUUUCAGUCGCCAACAGCGCGUCUCACACAUACUAACGGUUACGCCUUCUAGUCAUGGGGUAUUUCUUGGACAGCUGGGUCCUAUUUCUGGCGCUCGAGUCCCCUGCUGUAAAUGCGGAAAAAUGAACAAUUUCCACCGUUGGUUGGGAAGGUCUUGGCUCCUUUUACAGAAAGUUUGCGUUGUUAAAACAUAUAUAUCUUUAAAUAUAAUUUUUAAUUGACUUUGCCCUCGCACAAGUGUGGCCUUCGUCGCUUGAACUCGUCUGGGGACCUACUGAUCGUCAGUGUUGCUAUAGUGUCCUGUAAAAACUGCACUGGCAGUGUUUUCUUUAGACUGGGGACUCAUGCAAGAUCAUUUUCGUCUGCUCUAAAGGCUUUUAAGCUGAGCCUCCUAUUCUACCUUAGAGGCGGUGUAGGCUGGAGCUUUGGGACAACAGACACCCAACUUCCGACAGUCAAUUCGCAUUUGGGCACAUUAGCAGCCUAUUUUUCUAACAAUUAGUACCCGCAUCCCCUGAAAACCCGCCUAUCGGGGCCUAGUUAUUUGUAUGCGCACCACUUCACUUCUGGCGGCGAUAGCAGUCUCCUGUUGAGCAAGAUAAAAAAUCUUUGUCUUUAAAUUGGGUCAUCUCCGUAGUUUAUACAUGUGCUAGAACUAUUGGCUGACUUUACACCCUCGUACAAGUGAUGGUCUUCGCCGCCUAUGUCAGACAAGCUAUCGCUUGAUCUCUUCGGAGGUCCACUGACCGUCAGUAAUACUGUGGUUUCCAAUGGAGACUACGCUAACGGAGCAUGGAGAGGCAGUAAAAGUCAUUGUUGCCUGCGUCAGCCUUCGGUCGCCGUUUUUGAAUCAUUUUUAUCAUCCACAGACUGGUAAAAUAAGGUGCUGCUUUGCAAACGCGUUAUGUAGCGCGACUCCUUGGCCGUUUUCUGACACGAAACGGGAUGACCACAGUUUAGUCCUUUUCAACAAUACUUCUUAUUGUCUGCAAAUCCUUGUGUCACCCGAUACAGAGGAAUGCAGAAUCUGCCGGUUUCUUCUGCAAGCAUGCCAGAGGCGUGCAUGCUAACUUCUCAAUUUAGCACAGUUUUCAGCUUGAGCGGUAGAAGUACUAGCGGUGUCGCCUUUUGUUAACUUUUUCGAGGUCCUCCUGUUUCCACCCUUUUCUGUUGAAAUCAGGUGCACUUUAGAGUCACAUCGUUACCCCCAACACAUCGUUUAAUAUGUCGAACUAUAUUUUUUUGCAACUCGGACCGGAAACACAGUGUGGCGUCCGUUAUCAGCUGGUCGCUUUGUGUAGCCAAUGACAGCGUGUUUCCGUCUCCGUACGCCGGCGAAUGUUUACUGAUCUCGGUGCAGGAGGUAGGGGCGACAAAAUGCUGAGGUCUACUCUUGGGGCUAACCUAGAGCGACUUCUAUUUCGCACAACAAAGGCCCCCGUUCAACCUCGUCUGACAUCAGGAUUCCCGUCUAAUCAUGUUCCAAACUUACUUUUGGGCCUGCUUUACUUAAAACCACAUGAGUAGGUAGGCAGGAGUGCAUUUGCAGUCAGUUUUUCUUUCUAAUCAUUGGUACCUACACCCCUAUCAGUAUAUGUGACCGGAAAGACCUGGCUACCGGAGCUCUGCGAUUUUCACAGGCACCAAACCGCCUACUCCACCUCGGACGGCACCGGUAGCGUCCUUCUGCUGGAACAUAAUGACAAAUUUCGUUUUUGAAAAACUAGAUCGCCUUCAUAGCUCGCACUGUUAGUACUGAGCUGAAAAUCGAGUUGUAUUUCAAUCCCUUGCACACAGCUGACCAAUUGGCUGACGACACUCAUGCAGCUCCUUAUUUUGUAGUCAUAUGCCGUUGCUACUGUCCUCUUUAAGUAAGCAGCGUAUGUACCUUGUUUCGGAAGUUCGAUCACUUGACCCGAUCCCCAGCUUUCCGAAAUUUCCCUCCUCUAACCCAGUUAUUCUGCUGGACAUCUACCUUUGCGCCAUCUAAAAUGACAGAUUUGAGCCUCGUUCCGAAAGUUCAUCUUUGAGAUUGUAGCGACCCGUUGACUAAUUACGGAAAACGUUCUAUGACCUGCGCAAGAUACUUAAUGGCUUCCAUAUGGCGAUAUUUACGCGCCUUCUUGGGUUUUGGUUGGAAGAUGCAGUUGAGCCUUUGAGUGGCUUCAGAACCACGUGCUUUGAAAGUGCGUGAUUUAAAUACUUUCAGAAUCAUUGUCGCGGUCUUUAACAAAAUUACUCGCUCCAAAGUACAAACCCCUAGCCGAAUGAAAACUAGUUCGUCGUGGCCAGUUACCUUCCUUGACCCACUAAUUAAGCACUCCUCGGUCCACCCUGUACUCCAAUUGACGAAGACACUCGUAAUAAGUUGUCGGAUAUCCAUAAAAAGCUUUUAAGUUUUUCCGUUAGAAAUCAAGCCUGAAGUCUACUGUCUCUUAUAUUUUCCCUUCUAGCGACUUCCUGUCAGCGCUUCGAGCCAGAUGAUAACUUUCAGUUUUGACAAUGGUACCAUCCUCACCCUUCGUACUAGCGGCACUGAGCCCAAGAUCAAGUACUAUUCGGAACUUUGCGCCAAGCCGACAGACAAGUACGUCUUUGCCUUGCUGUAGCCCUCCUUUGAUGCGUAUAUACCCGAAGAAGGGCAUUAUUUAAAAAGUUGUUUUGUAGAUGCCGAAAGGUUUGAGACGACUUUGCAUCCGCCACCUGUCACUUCGUAGUUUAGUUGACUAUCAAAUUAAGAAAUUGUGUGAAAUGUGUAUUAACUCAAACUAUAUCAUACACCUUUACCGUGGCAGCACAUAGCGCCUUAGCUCAAAACAUAUUGUUUUCUAUCACACAAAUAACGGGCUUUGUUUCCCUCCCAUCUGCACUUUUGUACUAAUUUAUCGGAGAGUAUGUUUGACUUGCUACCUUGUUGUUCUCUGUAUCGAUCAACACUAGUGAAUUGAAACUAUCAAUACCUAAACAUAGGGCCAAAAAGUCCAGGAUUGCUGACAAAAGCCCACGUAGCAAAAUUAAAAGAACUUCGGGAGAAUAAAAAUAUCUUAGUAACUAGACCUGAUCAAGGAACAGGUGUCGUUAUAAUGAACAGAUCGGACUACGUAGCGAAGAUACAGUCCAUAUUAUCUGACCAGAAGAAAUUCAGGAAGGCAGACAAAGAGGAGGAUUUCACGGAUGUCGCAGAGGCAUAAUUGACUGACUUUUUAAGAAGGUUCCACAAAGGAUGUCACAUAAGUGACCAUGACUUUAAACACCUCCGGCCAGUCGGCACACAUAUCUCUCGAUUGUAUGGCUUACCUAAAAUCCAUGACGAAGGCCUACCGGUUCGUCUGAUUUUAGAUAUGCGGAAUUCUCCGUAUCAUGCGAUAACUAAGUGAUUAUCAGAGAAACCCAAACCUAUAUAACAUCAGCUGCCACCACGCAGCUAUCGAGAUACCUUUCAAUUCAUUGACGAAAUUAAAGACCUCAAUCUUAAAGGCAUGAUGAUGCUCUCACUAGACGUUGCAUCACUUUUUACAAACGUCCCGGUCACCGAGACCGUUGAUUACAUCUGUGAUUUUUUAUCUGCCAGUCAGCAAGAAAUAGGAAUAUCGUCGAACACACUCAAGGAACUAUUACUAAGGUGCACAUUAAAUGUGCCGUUCCUUUUUGACAACCAACUCUAUAGACAAAUGGACGGCGUUGCUAUGGGCUCGCCUCUUGGACCUCUCUUAGCCGACGUCUUCAUGGGCAAGCCGGACAGAUUUCAACUAAACAAUCGGAUCGAAAAGCUUAAACAUUAUGGUCGCUACGUUGAUGAUAUCUUUGCGAUUGCAACCACAGAAACAGACGUUGCUACUCUCCUAAAUGCUGCAAACCAAACACAUCCGUCGAUCGAAUUCACGUUCGAGAUGGAAUCGGCCUGUUCGCUUCCUUUCUUAGAUGUCCUUCUAAACAGGAGAUCUGACGGUAGCAUCCGAAGGAGCGUCUAUAGGAAGAAAACCUGGUCUGGACAAUACACGAACUGCACUAGUUUCGUACCUCUCCAACAAAAACGAAAUCUAGUCAGGUGUUUGGCACAAAGGGCUAGAAAAAUUUGCUCAACAGAUAGUAUCGAAGAAGAACUUAGAAAAAUCCAGGACUUGCUUCGCGAAAUCGGGUGUCCUGACAGGUUCGUUGUAAAGAACCUUGUCGAACGACCCGCAAAACCCACCACACUGACCGCCGGGAAGAAAACGUUGUUCCCCAAAGUCCCUUUCCAAUGAGACGCUGCGAGUGAACUCCUAAGAAGACGCCUUGACCAAACUGUCUCGGGAACCUUCCUAGCAGCAAGGGUUCGCAUAUCAUUCUCUACCAACCCUAUUUUACGCGAAGGUAAGGAUGGGCUGCCACCUCAGACCGCGUCAAUGUGCAUCUACUCAUUCACUUGCUCUUGUGGAGCAGGUUAUAUUGGUCGUACGAGUCGGCGGCCUUCCAAAAGAAUACGAGAGCACCUUCCCGCAUGGCUAGCAAAAGGUGAAACUAGGAGAAUAGACAGCGCCAUCCCUGUGCAUGCAGUGGAUUUAGGGCAUCUUGUGGAUCCCGCUGAAGCACUUCGUGUGAUUUAUAAGGUCGCCUCGAGCUACCCUAAGCCUCUGGGCCAGCGCCUGUUAGCAACAGCAGAAACGGUCGCUAUCAGGUUACGAAAACCGACCCUGUGCGCCCAGAAGAACCUCGUUCAGGCUCCGCGCUUGUCGUGGUCAAAGGUUGACUAACCACAUAAAACUUUCCGUGCCCUUCCGCUCUUGCCUAGCCUGUAUUUUAAAAACUAACUUUUACCGAUUUUUUUCACUCACUGCAACCUGUCCCAUAAAACUGUACUGGCCUGACGAGAAGUUAUCGAAAGCAACGUUCGCUCGCCACUUUGUCUUUUGACUAAUUAUAAUAUAACCAGGUUCAUUAUUUCUUAUUCGCGCUAUAUAAUGAACGGAAGUAUUUGAGCAACCAUGACAAAACAUAUCUGCUACAUACUGCAUACUACUGGCUGCCUGUUGGCGGUUUGUGAAUAUUAAGCGGUUAUUCCGCAGUAGCUGACGGAUUUCAGCUCAAAUAUUCAUAUCAAAAUUUGGAGCGUGCCUGAAAAGGCCCGUUUCGAAAGAUUUACUCCAAGUUCGCGCAUUAAUUUCCUCGGAAAUUAAACAAAACAAGUUAAAACUGGAGUUCAUGUACCAGAAAACACACGGGGACACCUGGGGGACCCACUGACGAGCCGAACCCCUCGCAGCUGCGUCAGGCAGCGGCAUAAGAUCGGCGAAGCACGCGUGUCUGGGCUUUUAGCUAAUACCUGUGUUGUUAGUAUGGUAAAUCAUUGCACAGUUACAAAACAUAUCGUCAGUAAGUUCUGCCCUGCUCGAGCUAAAGCGCAUUCCUCCAAUCUGGCUCUUGUGGUAGAUAUGCCAUAUUUUUAUAAAUUGCUACUAUUUAUAUUUAAGUACACCAUAUGGCUGCUCUUUCGUUUUAGGCGUUCGGCCGCCGAGCUUGAAGCUGAAUUGGCAGAACUUAUUGCCAUUAUGGUGGAAGAGUUUUACCAACCAAAGAUCAACGGUUUUACAGCCCGAUCAGAUUGA